GAGUGGAUCCCUCCUAGCAUAGAAGCUGGAGGCUCUCAGGAUCUUGGGAUCCUUUUCCAGCUGUUUAUCCACAGGCCGCUUUCUUACACGUCUACAGAAUUUCGGUGGGACGGAGCCGUCAAGAGGCGAAAUGAGCUUGCUGUGCCUCAUCUUCACGCUGAGCCUUUUAGGGGUCCGUGGCUUAGGAGACCCGGGCCCCUUGGAGGACGUGGUGAUUGACAGAUACCACAUCCCCAAAGUGUGCUUGAGAGAGGUCCAGAUGGGCGACUUUGUCAGAUACCAUUACAACGGGACCUUCCAGGACGGCACCAAGUUUGACUCCAGCUAUGACCGAGGUGCCACUGUGGCCGGCGUGGCAGGCGUGGGACGGCUCAUCACUGGCAUGGACAGAGGCCUGCAGGGCAUGUGUGUGAAUGAAAGGAGGCAUCUCAUCGUGCCCCCUCAUCUCGGCUAUGGCAGCAUCGGUGUCGCUGGUCUGAUUCCCCCGGACACCACCCUCUAUUUCGACGUCAUCAUGCUUGACAUUUGGAACAAGGAAGACAAGCUGCAGAUCACCACCCUGUACAAGCCGGAGCGUUGCAACCGCACCGUGGAGAAUUCAGACUUUGUGCGUUACCACUACAACGGCACCCUUCUGGAUGGCACCCCUUUUGACUCCAGCUAUGGAAAAGACAGCACUUAUGACACAUACGUGGGUUCGGGCUGGUUGAUCAAAGGCAUGGAUGAAGGCCUGGUCGGCAUGUGUGCUGGAGAGAAGAGGAGAAUAGUCAUCCCCCCGUUCCUGGCUUAUGGAGAGAAAGGCUACGGGACUGUCAUCCCCCCUCAAGCCUCUUUGGUUUUUGAUGUCUUCCUGGUGGAUCUACACAACCCCAAAGAUGGCAUUUUCCUGGAACAUUUGGAAGUGCCCGAGUCAUGCAAGCGCAAGGCUGUGACUGGGGAUUUUGUGCGCUACCACUAUAAUGGCACCUUGAUGGAUGGGACCCUCUUUGAUUCCAGUUACUCACGGAAUCACACUUAUGACACCUAUAUUGGAAAAGGCUACAUUAUUCCAGGAAUGGACCAAGGACUGCAGGGGGUUUGCAUUGGAGAAAAGAGAAGAGUCAUCAUCCCGCCCCAUUUGGCAUAUGGAGAAAAUGGGGCAGGGGACAAGAUCCCCGCUUCAGCCGUCCUCAUCUUUGAUGUCCACGUCAUCGAUUUCCACAACCCCACAGACUCCGUGGAGAUAGAAACCGUCUACCGGCCGGCGGACUGUAACACCACCACUCAAAACAGAGACUUUGUCCGCUAUCACUACAACUGCUCUCUCCUGGACGGCACCCGGCUCUUCUCCUCCCAUGACUAUGAAAACCCUCAAGAAACCACGCUGGGUACCAACAAGAUAAUUGAAGGCCUCAGCAAUGGUCUCCUCGACAUGUGCAUGGGAGAGAAACGGAUUGUCAUCGUCCCUCCGCAUUUGGGUCAUGGUGAAAGUGGUGCUCGAGGUGUACCUGGUAGCUGUGUUCUCCGUUUUGAGAUAGAGCUUCUGUACUUGGAGGCUGGCGUUCCAGAAGGGUACCUGUUCAUCUGGCAUGGCGCACCACCUGAGAACUUGUUCGAAGCAAUGGAUCUCAACAAAGAUGGUGAAGUCCCACAUGAAGAGUUCUCAACAUUCAUCCAAUCCCAGAGGGCAGAAGGCAAAGGUCGUCUCAUGCCAGGCUCUGAGCCAGAAAAGGUCAUCGACGACAUGUUCCAAAACCAAGACAGGAACAAAGAUGGGAAGAUUACAGCAGACGAACUGAAGCUGAAGUCGGAUGAGGAUCAAGCUCCAGCCCACGAAGAACUUUAA